AUGAAAGAUGAUGAAUCCAUCAAUGAGCUUCACUCUAUGGGAGAAAUCAUUCCAAGAAACAAACUUGUCAGGAAAAUACUCAAUGUUUUUCCCAGCUCCUGGGAAAGCAAAGUGAAUGCUAUCACAGAGGCAAAGGACCUACAGAAGCUAACCAUCGAUGAACUUGUUGACAAAGCAGCCAAGAGGAACCCGGUUCCUGAUAAACGCUUCAAGAGUAAGAAUGUCGCUGACAAUAUUGUGAAGCAAGCUCUUGCUGCAUGGGGAGACUCCUCUAGAGAAUCUGAAAAUGAUGAUGAUCAAGGUGACAACUCCAUGAUGGCAGUAGAAAGUGAAGCAGCUGAAUAUGAUUCCAUAUUUGCUCUAAUGGCUAAAUCAAAUGAGGAUGAGGAAGAUGACGAUGAAGAUGAGGUAAACUUUCUGGAUGUUCAAAGAAAUUUGAAAUUCUAUUCUCAAAAGAAGCUUAUAUCUUUGUCUAAUAUUUUAAUUGAUACUUAUCACAGUCUCAUUAAUGAUAAAAAUACGCUAACCACGGAACUAGGAGAAAUAGAACACGAGAGAGAUGAUCUAGUGGUAGUUGCGGUUGAUCUAAGAGAGACCAUUGAGAGUUUAAAAAGGGAAAAAGAUACUUUGACUGAGAUAAUUGCAAACAUAGAGCAUGAGAGAGAUAACCUAUUAGAAGUAGUCAUGGACCUAAAGGAAACAAUUGAGGAACUAAAAAGGGAAGGUAGGCAUGAGUUCACCCAGAAGGGAAAGGAAGUUGCAAGUGAGGCACACCUUAGGCUUGAAGAUGAGCUAAAAUCAGUGAAAUCUAGUCUGUGUGCUGAACUUGAGAGAAACAAACAGCUUCAGAAAGAUUUAGGCAGAGUUAAGAAUGCUCUGAAAAAAUCACUCAAGCAAGGGAUAGGGUUCCAAAGGAAAAAGACUCCUUACAACUCUCAUAGCAAGUAUGUUACUGUACCUGAUAACUGGCUUUGCACCCACUAUGGUAACACUGGCACUUUAAGGAAACCUGGAGCAGUGAAAGAGAGCAGCCAAAAAUGGUACAUGGAUAGUGGUUGCUCGAAGUACAUGACUGAAAGCACAAAUGAUUUCCUUUCACUCAAAGCCCUGCAAGGAGGGAGUAUAUCCUUUGGAGACGGCAAAAAGGGAUACAUUCUGGGAAUUGGAAGAAUUGGGAAGCCUCAUUCUCACUCAAUUGAAAAUGUGUACUAUGUUAAUGGGUUGAAGUACAGCCUGUUAAGUAUCUCCCAAAUCUGUGACAAGGGAAACAAGAGUGGUGAUCUCAGUUGUCUAAGUGUUGUUGAAGAUGAUGCUGAACUAUGGCACAGAAGGCUGGGUCAUGUAAGUUUCACAUUGCUGAACAAGUUGGUCAAGAAGGACCUGGUCAAGGAUUCAAAUGACAAUGGCAUAGCUGAAUCUCCAACUGACAUAGAUGAACCCGGUUCCUCAAUCACAACAAUUGAAGCUGAAAAUAGAUUUGUUGAUGCAGAUCAAGGGACCCCAUAUGCAGAAAGAGAAUCACAUUCAGAAAUACCUAGACCAUCCCACAACAAGUUUCAGGUGUCUAAUUGGAAACACAACUAG